CCCGACCCUUUCUCAAACUCCAGCUAUGGUUCACUGCUGGAACCAUGGGAACAUCACCCGCUCUAAAGCAGAAGAGCUGCUCUCCAAGACCGGGAAAGAUGGGAGCUUCCUAGUACGUGCCAGUGAGUCCAUCUCCCGGGCAUAUGCUUUGUGUGUAUUGUACCACAAUUGUGUUUAUACGUACAGGAUUCUGCCCAAUGAAGAUGAGAAGUUCACCGUCCAGGCAUCUGAAGGUGUUCCGAUGAGGUUUUUCACAAGCUUAGAACAGCUGAUUGACUUUUAUAAGAAGGAGAAUAUGGGCUUGGUGACCCACCUUCAAUACCCAGUCCAGCUGGAAGAGGAGGAUGCAGCGGAUGACCCAGAGGAAGAAACAGAGUUUAUCAUGUCUCCACCCGAAUUGCCACCACGAAACAUUCCUUUACCUGCUGUUCUAAGUGAGGCUAAAGAAACCAUUCUUUCGAGUGACAGUUCCCGAGGGGCAGAAAUCAGCAAGCUGUCUAUCUCUGAGACGUUACUUCAGCGACUACAGUAUUUGGAUACCAGCGGUCUUCCAGAAGAGCAUCUGAAAGCCAUCCAGGAUUACCUCAACAACCAGGUCACCUCAGACUUCGAGUUUGCCAAGACGGGAUCCAGCAACCUCCCCCAGCUGAAGAAACUGACCAUGCUUCUCUGCAAAGACCUGUACAGUGAAGUCACCAGGACCCUGCCUUCCCUGGAAUCCAUGCAGAAGUUGUUCGACCAGCAGCUGUCCCCCGGCAUCCGGCCACGUCCUCAGGUGCCCGGUGAAGCCAAUCCAGCAAAUAUGAUAGUGAAACUCAGCCAGCUGACCAGUUUGCUGUCCUCUAUCGAAGACAAGGUAAAGACAUUAUUGGUGGAAGGUCCUGAAUCAACACAUCGACGUUCGCUCAUCCCUCCCGUCACCUUUGAGGUGAAAGCAGAAUCUCUGGGAAUUCCUCAGAAAAUGCAGCUCAAAGUGGAUGUUGAGACUGGAAAAUUGAUUAUCAAAAAAUCCAAGGACGGUCCAGAAGACAAAUUCUUCAGCCACAAGAAAAUUCUACAGCUCAUCAAGUCCCAGAAGUUUCCUAACAAGUUAGUGAUUGUGGUGGAGACCGAAAAGGAGAAAACUCUACGGAAAGAAUAUAUUUUUGCUGAUUCCAAGAAGAGAGAGGGGUUUUGCCAGCUUCUCCAGCAGAUGAAGAACAAACACUCAGAGCAACCAGAACCUGACAUGAUCACAAUCUUCAUUGGAACCUGGAAUAUGGGUGAUGCGCCUCCUCCCAAGAAGAUCACGUCCUGGUUUCUGUCCAAGGGGCAGGGAAAGACCCGGGAUGACUCAGCUGACUACAUCCCCCAUGACAUCUAUGUGAUCGGUACCCAGGAAGAUCCCCUGGGGGAGAAGGAGUGGCUUGAGAUACUGAAGCAUUCUCUGCAGGAGAUCACCAGUAUCAGCUUUAAAAUGAUUGCAAUCCACACCCUCUGGAACAUCCGGAUUGUUGUUCUAGCAAAGCCUGAACAUGAAAACAGGAUCAGCCACAUCUGCACAGAUACCGUGAAGACGGGAAUUGCCAACACUCUGGGUAAUAAAGGAGCUGUAGGAGUGUCAUUCAUGUUUAAUGGAACCUCAUUAGGAUUCGUUAACAGCCACUUGACUUCGGGGAGUGAAAAAAAACUCAGACGGAACCAAAACUACAUGAGUAUUCUCCGCUUCCUGGCAUUGGGAGACAAGAAGUUGAGUCCUUUUAACAUCACUCAUCGUUUUACUCAUCUUUUCUGGCUGGGAGACCUGAACUAUCGGGUGGAGCUGCCCCCGACGGAAGCAGAAAAUAUUAUCCAGAAAAUCAAGCAGCAACAGUUCCCAGACCUACUGAUUCAUGAUCAGCUUCUCAUGGAGAGAAAGGAUCAAAAGGUUUUCCUGAAUUUUGAGGAAGAAGAGAUAACCUUUGCCCCAACCUACCGCUUUGAAAGACUGACUCGGGAAAAGUAUGCUUACACUAAGCAGAAAGCAACAGGGAUGAAGUACAAUCUACCAUCCUGGUGUGAUCGUGUGCUCUGGAAAUCAUACCCCCUGGUACAUGUGGUAUGCCAGUCUUAUGGCAGCACCAGUGACAUCAUGACAAGUGACCACAGUCCUGUCUUCGCCACAUUCGAAGCUGGGGUCACCUCUCAGUUUGUCUCCAAGAAUGGUCCAGGCAACGUGGACUCUCAGGGACAGAUCGAGUUUCUGAACUGCUAUGCAACACUGAAGACGAAGUCACAGACAAAAUUCUACCUUGAGUUUCACUCCAGCUGCUUAGAAAGUUUUGUUAAGAGUCAGGAAGGAGAAAAUGAAGAAGGAAAUGAAGGGGAAUUGGUGGUGAAGUUUGUGGAAGCCCUUCCAAAGCUAACACCGAUCAUUUCGGACCCCGAGUACCUGCUAGACCAGCACAUCCUGAUCAGCAUUAAAUCAUCAGACAGUGACGAGUCCUAUGGUGAAGGCUGUGUGGCCUUACGAUUAGAAGCCACCGAGUCACGGCUCCCCAUACACGCUGUGCUCACCCACCACGGAGAGAUGAUGGGACACUUCCGAGGGGAGAUCAAACUGCAGACCUCCCAGGGGAAACAGAGAGAAAAACUUUACGACUUUGUCAAGACUGAACGGGAUGAAUCCAUUGUGCAAAAAUCCCUGAAGGGCCCUGAAACCUUCAAGCAGUGGGAUCCUGUUAACCGGAAAUCGAAAAACCCUCACUUGAUGGCAGAGGAAGCAGCCGCCAUGGCAAGAAUCCGGGCUCCUCCUCCAAGCUGCCCAGACCCUCCAGGGAAAGACGAUAUCUCACGAACACCUCAUUUCAGUGGCUCUAACAUCACCGAGAUCAUCAAUCCAAACUACAUGGGAAUGGGACCUUUUGUUACCCAGAUGAGCACCCAGGUGAAGCAGACCCUUUCACCUGACCAACAACCAACCCUUUGGAGCUAUGACCAGCCCCUCAAGGACAGCUCCCUUGUGCCUGGCUGGGGAGACUCUCCCCCGACGCCACCCUCCCAGCCUCCCGUGUCUCCAAAAAAGUUCUCUCCCUCAUCCUCUCACCGAGGCCCCGGUCCCAAGACUCAAGAGCAACUGCCGGGUGACCCGGGAAAGAGCGUGGCGGAGCACUUAUCCCAAGAGGACCUGCAGCCCGAGAUGUUUGAGAACCCCCUCUACGGGUCCGUGAGCUCUUUCUCUAAGAUGGCACCGCGGAAAGAGCAAGACUCCCCGAAGGCCUCACGGAAGGAGCGGCAGCCCGGCCCCGAGCCCCCUCUGAGCUUCCUGCUCACCAAACCCCCCGAAGCUGAAAGUAAAUUGGCCGGCAAACAGCUCUCCGCCCCCUUCCUCACCCCCAUGCCUCGGCUGUGCUCCCACACUUGCUCCUUCUCCGCAGACGGGAAGACAGCGUCCGGAGGGGAAAAGGCCCAGAGCAAGCCGAAGCCGUCCACCACCUCGGAAACCCCAGUGCCGGCCAAGAGGCCGGUCAAGCCCGCCAGGUCGGAGAUGGGCCAUCAGGGGAACCAAGGACUGAGCAACAGGCCACCUCUCCCCGCCAAGAGUCAGGCCGUGCUGCACCUGCAGCACUUCAAAGGCCGAGAUUACCGGGAAAGCUCCGAGCUCCCACACCACGGGAAGCACCGGCCAGAGGAAGGGCCGGUGAGCAGGACCCCCAUGCAGUAAAUGUUACCUGGCUAGCCAUGUUCUGGAAGGAGCCUAUUGUCCUCCGGCCUGAUAUUCCUAACAUCAUUUGCGGGACUUCUUGUUUUGUGAGAAAAAGACUAGCUCCUUUGCUGUCAGUAGAUAGUGCUGCCGGCUGAGAAAUUUAAUAUGAAUUGUUCAGGUCAGAAAGAGAAAAAGAAUGCUGGCAGGAUUCACUGUUAUGGUUUUACCUUGGUACUACCAGACCUCUGGGAGAAUAAAUGUGGCCAUUUCAGGAAGAUGGAAGAAGGUACGGAUAAGGAACUAAAGGACUCUACUGGAUGUUGGUGUGUUGUUGUUUUUUUCACCCCAGCUAAUAAGAAACUGCAUACCCGGUAUUUGUCCUAAGCAAUAAUCACCGACAGUGGAGUGUGUGGGGAUGGCAAAGCAUUAAAAUAGAAAACAGGACCACUUCGUCUCAGGAAACCAGAUGUAAGUGGGGAAGCAAACUGAACUAAGUCAUGUUAGUGUGCUAAAGCAACUGACAACUUUCAGGUUUUCAGUAAACUACGAGUAAAGGGUACAUUGCAACUUGCCGCUCUGCAGGAAUCCCAGGCACGGUUUGCACUGGAGACCGUCUGCCUCCAGCCAUUUGUGGGGAGACCAGUGAGAAGGCAGUUAGCUUAUGGGAAGGCUCCCUGGAGCUCAGGAUCUGAUCCAAAACCCGGGAAAAACCGAUCGAGAGAAGAAUUCCUGCCUCACCCCAGCCUACGGCUGCAGCCCAUCCCGGGGGCACCCAAUCCCUUUGGGGACCUGGCUCAGAUUCUCUUUUGUACUAGCAGGAAUGCCCGGCUUCACCAAGGGGCAGUCAGCCCUCGCUGUUUUUCCCUCCUCUCUGGCCCCUCAUCCUCACUAACUCACUCAAACCCACCCAGAGAUUGUGGGACAGGCCAAACCAGUAAGCAGUGCGGCGGUCACGGAGCCGCCACUGCUUCCCAGGCAACGGGAUAGGGGCUGGCUUGCUUUCUGCCCUCCUCCCCAUGCUGCCGCUUCUUGCUACACUCCUUGGAAUUCUCUUCACUGCAGGGAGUCCAAGAAGAAGCAGAUAAGCCGUGGUAGGAACGGGGAGAGAAGCAGCAUCUGCUGCUAUGGUUACCAUACUGGCCAAGAUCACUGUUCUCCGAAGGCAGGAGAAAUUGGGUUCCUAUCUCCAUGGAGUCUGCCCUGCUGCUGCACAGGGCACAUCUCCAGUCAAAAUACGUUGAAAGAGGUUCAGAUGCAAAUAGAUACACCCCUAGCAAAUAGAUCUUUUUCCAUCCCCCAGAACAGACCCAUCCCUCUCCUCUCAGAUGCCCCAAAAAUCUGCAGGGGGAUUCAGCUAGUCUUAUAUUCAUCAGAUUCUCAAGUCACAUCUAACACCAAGUUCUCUCCUGUUGGUUCCAACAUCGUAGGCCCUGCUCCGUCCUAAAAGUCUGGGGGAGAACACUUUUUUUUGGUUCAUAGCUCUCUCUGUGCCUGAAAAUAGAAAAGGCUUCCAGAGCCUGUACCUCAACCUCUGAGUUGUUUGGGUGGGGUAGGGGGCUUUAAUCGCUUUCUUUUUUUGUCAUAAUUUAAAAGAUGAAGAGUAUACGACAUACUUCCCUGCUGGCAACCAGAAUUCUGUGUGUAUGUUUGGGUGUGUGUAUGUUUGGGAGUGUGCGUACCUGUGUUGUGUGCGUAUGUUUGGGUGAAUGUACUAGUAGGUAAGAUUUGUUUCAACUCCCAGUCAUGUAUAUUGAAAGCUUUUCUGCUCUGUGAGCCAUGGUCCUAAUAAACCCUAUUUUUCUUCACUCUG